UAAGUCCGGAGAAACCUUGGAAUAACUCAGAUCUACUUUCAUUUUGCAAAGAUGAAGUUGUAGCGGGAAACAUUCGGUUGUCAGUAUAAAGAUAAGCUUGCAAAUGAAUAGUAACAGUGAUUAUAGUGUAUUUAAUACAUUCCCUCAGCCUCCAGCAGAGAAUGUGGUCACACUGUGUGAACAGAAUGGCCAACUUAUGACAUCACAGGCUGAAAAAAUGGCAGGAUCUAAAAUGCAAGGAUAUCCAGUUGUUGUUAUAUCACAUGAUCAUCAUAAAAGUUUGUCAGGAAGAGAAAAUGCUAAAUCAGCAUUCCUUCCUCAUGAUGAAACAGUUUGGAAAAGAGCUAUGCAUGCAUGGUAUGAGAUGGGCCUCUCAGGUGUCUUUCAAGAAGUAGUCAACAGUAGUGGGGAAGUACCACCAUGGACUUCUGAUUUAGCAAAGAAAACUUUGACCUUGGUUAGAUGGACCAGCUCUCUACAUGGAUCAUUAUUUCCUCACCUUUCUAUGUCAAAUGAAGAUAUGAUCUGUAAAUUCUCCAGAAUACAUGAUUGGAAGAGGAGUCCAGUUCAUGCAUUUUCCUGGCAUCCACACACAGUUAAGUUUGCCUAUGCCUUACAGGAUGAUUCCAUCAAUGUACAUAUGGGCAAGAGUGAUCUGGUACCUGUACUGAAACAUAAACUACAGAAAAAUGUGGCAGAUUUAUCUUGGCAACCCCAGUCAGCUUCAGUUUUAGCAGUAGCAUGUCAAUCUUGUGUGUUGAUAUGGCACGUAGAACCUACAUCUUUAGCAACUAGACCCUCGACAAGUUCAGUUCAGGUUUUACAACAGAAUAGUCAUACUCCAGUAACCUGUCUAGCCUGGGAUCCUAAUGGUAGAAUUCUUCUGUCAUCCUCCCCUGUCGAUACUGCUAUCAUGGCCUGGGAUGUUGCUAUGGAAACAUGUACACCUUUAAGACGUGUAGGGGGUGGUGGUGUAUCGUUACUGAAAUGGUCACCAGAUGGCAGUAAAGUAUUUUCAGCAACACCAUCACAUUUGUUUAGAGUAUGGGAGACAACUAAAUGGAGUUGUGAAGUAUGGACCAAAUGUACAGGCAGAAUUAAGACAGCUUGUUGGAGUCCAGAUGGAAGCAUUUUGCUGUUUGCCACAGAAAACGAACCAAUCAUAUAUUCCUUGUCAUUUUCCACUGCACAAGAUGAAAGAAAGGCUGUAAUUGGUGGAUCACAUUCAGCAAUAGCUGCUGUGGACAUAUCAGAAGUCACAUUACAAGGAGCUGAUGGCAAAGAUUUCAAAACAGGAGGUUUAGUACAUAGCAUGGUUUGGGACCAGACAGGUGAAAGAUUAGCAGUAUUACUUCAGGAUAAUGGUGGACAUAUAAAGAGACAAAUUGUAUUGUUCAGGACAAAAGUUGAUCUGGUGCUGGAAAUAACUCCAUGUGGCUUUGUACAAGGAGAACCAACAGCUAUCCCACAUCACAUAUCAUUUCAACCUAAAUAUGACAAUGGUGCUAUUCUGUCUGUGAUAUGGUCUACAGGGAACCUUACAUACAUCCCUUUAUACUUUGUUCCAAGCAGAGAUGUAGAGUUUCACCAGUUCCAGCACACAUCAACAAACAUGAAUGGACAGAUUCUUUCACCAUUGCAGUCUUGAUGAUUUAAAUCAGAACUGUAUUUUGUACAUUUUUGUCUGAAUUGCUAACAUUUUUGUAAACAUGCAUGAAGCAAUAUACAUUUCAUUUUCAA